GAUGGCAAGAUGUUGCGGUGUUGCAGAUGCAGAUUGCGCAAAUGUUUGGCAUUUACGUUUGUGAUUUUCUGUGCUUCUGUGUGCAUCUUAUUUUCGGUUUUGCAGUCAUUUGACGACCAGGACUUCUACUGGGAUGAUGGAGCUAAUGGUUUUCAGCAGCAGUUCCAGCUUUUUGAUCAUGUCGACUAUGGAGGAGAACUCAUUUCAAAAAAUGGCACAGACCAGCACGACAGCAAUAACGUGAAUGUCUCCGGCAUGGACAUCAAAGUACCCAUCCUGCUUUGGUGGACCCCCUUCACCGGCGAGCGAGGCAAGGUCAAGACGUGCGGGGCCGACCACUGCUUCUUCACAGUGGACCGACACUUCAGGGACCACCCCAAGACCAAGGCCUUUCUAUUCUACGGCACCGACUUCCGGCCCAGGGACCUCCCUCUGCCCCGGAAGAAACACCACGAGUGGGCCCUGCUCCACGAGGAGUCGCCCAAGAACAACUACGUGCUGUCCCACGGAGAGUGCCUGACGCUCUUCAACCACACGGCUACCUUCAAGCGCGAGUCAGACUUCCCCAUCACCACCCAGUACUUGGAGAAACUCUCCGAUUUGACGAGUACCAAGUAUCUUGUCCCCACACAGUUGAAGAGCACUGGUGGGUUAGCCCCUUUGGUUUAUGUCCAUUCUGACUGCGACCCACCGUCCGAUCGGGAUAGAUACGUUAAAGAGCUUAUGAAGUACAUACCCAUAGACUCCUAUGGGCAAUGCUUACACAACAAGGAUUUGCCGCCUGAACUGGUUGAUCCGCUCACCAUGCACAGUGAGGGGCUGUAUAAGAUCCUGGCACAAUAUAAAUUCAAUCUUGCCUUUGAAAAUGCAAUAUGCAAUGACUACAUUACAGAAAAACUCUGGCGCCCUCUGGUGCUGGGGUCAGUGCCAGUCUAUAGGGGGUCCCCGAGUGUUCGGGAUUGGCUACCAGACAAUCAAUCAGCUGUCAUCGCCGAUGACUUCUCCAGUCCCAAAGAACUGGCCACUUAUCUCAACCGCCUUGUCAGCAACAACAUAGAAUACGACAAAUAUUUGAAUUUCAAGAAAGUCGGUGUAGCGAACCGCAGGCUCAUUCAAACCAUGGAGGCCAGAAAGUGGGGCGUGAACAACGACAAUCUCCCAAACUUCAUCGAUGAGUUUGAGUGCUUCGUUUGCGCCCGGGUUCACGAGAACCUGAAACGCGCCGCUCUGCGUCUAUCGCUCAAAACAUUCCAGGCAUCGGAAGAUCACUAUAACUGUCCGAGACCGAGAGCGUACAACAACCUCCAGAGUUUCUGGAGUCCCAUUGAGCUGUAUCUUCAGAUGUAUGACAGGGACAAGAAGAAAGCGAAGGCACUCAGAAAGCUUGUCCAAGCAGGGCGAGAAUUCUCUCUGAAAGAAUUCAGGGAAUUAGCAUCUGAAUAAACAUGUUCCAUCUAAAAGAAAAUCAGUUGAAAAGUUUAUUUCCAAAUGCAGCCAGUACCAUUUGGUACCCAUUAGAAUCCCAUCUUUUCUUAGUUGCCGAAAAUCAAUUUCAUUGGAUUCUACGUAGUUAAUCACAACUCAAUACAGCAAAAAGUGAAAUGAACUUUACUGUCUAUGUUGUUCUUAUUCUCCUGUGAUCUGAACAGUCAAAUCCUCUCUCAAAAUGCAUUUAUUUGAGUAGAAUCCUUGAGAGGGGUCUAAUCUGAAACUAAAGUUUCAUAUGUUUCAAAUGGGUAUUUGGCAUUUUGGAAAUAAACUUUUCCAGUACUUUUCAAGUUAAGAACCCCUCUGCGGUAAACUAAGGAAGUCCUGAAGGGACCUCUUUUUUUAAAUUUUGAAUUUCAUUUUUGAAUUGUCCACCACGAUCAAGGCAAGCAAUGUAUAUGCAUUACUUUCUUGUAUUCCAGUUUUCUCUAGGUAAACAAGAGACAGACAUCACCCUCGCUCAAUUUCCAAAGUGUUGGAUUGAAAACUAGAAUUUGGUUUGUGGAGCCCUUGAUUUUCAUUUGUGGUCAUGUAUGACAAAUGGAGAUGUAAGCAGCUGUAACUUUGUGUGUUUUCUCAUACUCUUUCCCAGGAAUGUAUUAUACAAAUACAUCAUUGUUUGAGGGGAAGUAGCGGGAAUUACUGGUCCCGAGGUUGUAGGUAACCUUGACUACCUCCUGAUGCAAAGUAGAGGGAGGUAGUCAAGCUGACCUACACCGAGGGAUCAGUAAUUCCCACAAUUUUCCCGAAAUAAACCAUGCUGUAUUUGUUUUACUACAUUUCAUAAAUAUUCAAACAGAAGUCUCACGUU